UUGGUUCUCAGUGCCCACUUUUCCUUUGUGGUUAUGGAAAUUUGUCGACAAAGGAGAAAGUCCUCCGAAGGGUUACUGUUUCCUUCAGCUCCCACCUGAAGCUUCUCCAACAGAUUUGGGCUGCCGUUGAGCUGAUGGCUGUGGAUGGAGAACACCAAACAAGGGUAGAAGCGAAUCCCUAGCAAGGAUGUCAUGCAUGAUUCACCCUUUUGUCCUGAUGCUGGGCAGCGUUGUGCUCUACGCGUGGCUGGCAAAGCAGCUUCCAGCACUGGCCUGCAGAGUGGAGAUAGUGUUUGCAUCUGGUACGGAGCCUUUUGCUGCCUGCAGAUAUCCUGGAUAUCGGACACAGCUGUUUGGACAGUUCUCUGAGUCAUUAAUCCAGAUGGGGAAUGUGUCCAAUGCCUCGGUGUUCAUCUCCACCUUAUCGGAGAGAGAAGAUUUGAUUUUUGGCACGCUCUAUUUAGUCUUUGGCAUCGUGUCCCUCUCUGGGAACUCACUGCUCCUACUGGUGGCCUAUCAGAAGAGGUCCAUGCUGAAGCCUGCCGAGUUCUUCAUCGUCAACCUGGCCAUCAGUGACCUGAGCAUGACAGUGACGCUUUUCCCCUUGGCAACCUCCUCCUUCUUUGCACACAGGUGGCUCUUCAACCAGGCGGUCUGCACCCUCUACGCCUUCUGCGGGGUCUUGUUUGGGCUGUGCAGCCUCACCAGCCUGACGGUGCUCAGCACGGUUUGCUGCCUGAAGGUCUGUUACCCAGCAUAUGGCAACAAGUUCUCUCCCUGCCACGCCGGAGUGCUGCUGCUGUGUGUCUGGGUCUAUGCCCUGAUGUUUGCCACGGCCCCCCUGGCUGAGUGGGGCAGCUACGGCCCCGAGCCCUACGGGACAGCCUGCUGCAUCACCUGGAAAGCCUCGAGCAGGGAGGCCACGCUCUACAUCCUUGCCCUCUUCAUCUUCUGCUACCUUCUCCCCUGCCUCCUCAUCCUCGUCUCCUACUCGCUGAUCCUCUGGACGGUGCAGGUGUCCCGGAGAGCCGUCAGGCAGCACACGUCCCCCCAGCGCAGAGCCCACAGCGUGCACAGCCUGGUCGUGAAGCUGAGCAUUGCAGUGUGCCUGGGGUUUCUGGCUGCCUGGACCCCUUAUGCCAUCGUUGCCCUGUGGGCAGUCCUCGGUGACGCCAGCCAGGUGCCGGCACUGGCCUUCGUGCUGUCGGCCGUCUUUGCCAAGUCCUCGACACUCUACAACCCCCUGAUCUACCUGCUCUUUAAGCCCAACUUCCAGAAGUUCCUCUCCAAAGACAAGGUGCUCCUCCAGACCAUCCGCACCCUCCUCUGCUGCGGCUGCCCAAGUGCCACGCUCCAGCCCUUCCCGUCCCCAGGCUUCAGUGACCACCCUGGGACUUGCAGAAACUGCAAUGACACAUUUGAGUGUUUCAGUAACUACCCCAAGUGCUACAAACUCCCCCAGGCACCCAGCAGCUCACCCCAGCGCGCUCCCCUGGGUAUCCUGGCCGACGGAGCUGCUUGCCAGCCGGGGCUGAAGAGGACGGUGCAGGUGAUGGUGCUUGUCACACGGAAAAGGUCAGGCCUGGGUGCUGUGAAUGUGGCAGGAGAUUCCCUGCCAUCAGAUAUCAUGAAAGACCUUCUCUGAGCCCAGCCGUGCCCGGCUGUGUCCUACCAGCGCACUGGAAGACAAACGCAAGCGCAACUUUCCUCUCACCUACGUUAUCUGAUGAGUUCCCAGCAUGUUCUGUAGAUGAAGUGACACGAAAAUUUAAGACCAACCUUGCCUCCCCCUCUGGUUUGGUUCUUGUGACUCUCAGCCUAGUCUUUGCACUUAAACAAAAAAAGACCCCAGUGCCUGAAAUCUGCCCAGGUUGCAAGUCCAGGGUGCAGUUUCUCCUGCAGCUUGCUCUCUGGGCUCUUGGCCUUUGUUUUUCCAUCCUGGUGCUCUGAUGACCAAGUAAGAACUUGGUUGUCUUAAGAAACUGUGCCUGGCAGGGGGGACUGGUGGCCAGGAGGUCCCGAGAGGCAUCCUACCUCCACCACCAGCGCCCACAGCCCCCACUGACCAUAUCCUCUCCCACCGGGGAGCAGGACCGUGCCGCUCAGCUACCUCACUUGGGAUUAUGAAGCAUCUUUGUAUACCUCUCAAGAGCCUACUCUCUGUGCAGGCUGGGUUACCCCAAGCCCUUGGUUUGAAUGCAAACCCAGCACCAUCCUAUAGUUUGAAAUGGGAGCUUGUCUUUAGAGUAAGGAUUUGGGGUUAAAAUAAUCCCGGUGUGAGUGAUGGCAGUCCCAGGUUGUGCUUUCCAGGCAGGGAAUGCAACAGCAUCCCUUGGGCUUGUGGUCGGCGUUUGGAGAUCGGUGUGGUCAGCUCAGCCACGGGAAGAGUCUGGGAUGAAAAGGACCAAGAAGCUGUGAGAGGCAAAGCCAUCCAUGGAAAAGUCCCCACGUUGCCCUGUGGCAGGCUGGCAGAUGUCUCCCUCCAGUGACAUGCCAGCAUCCCUGCGGUGAAGCUCAUCUGGGGCUGAGCUGGGGGGCUCCCCAUCCAACCCCCAGCACCCAGCCACUCGUGUGCCCAGCUGUGGGCACGGCGUGGAGCUGGUGAAGGGGGUGAACUCACCCCCUUUCUUGGCAGGGGGUGAAUGACAUGGCCAGGGUGCUGAGGGAGAUUGGUUAUGCCCAAAAAAAUUAAAAGACACAUUUGAGGUGAUGAGAAGAGUCAGCAGCAGAGGUGGGAGAUGGGCUGCCCUCCAGCACCCAGCUGGCCAGUUACUUGUGGGAGUGCUUUACGUUGUCACUGGUUAAUGAACAAAACCACACCACGACCCAUUGCCAGAGCUGCAGCAUCAAAUGGUGGAUGUGCUGAAUAGGAACAGUGAGCUGCCCUCUGUGCCCGGCGCUGGGAGCAGCCGCUGCCCCGGUGCCAGCCCUGGCUGGGCUCUGCCUGCCCGUCAGCCAGCCCUGGUUCUCCCUCCCCUCCCCGCUCUCCAGAUACAGAUAAUGCUAUUUUUAGCAGUCUCUCCCAGAACCGGGAUGUAUCGCUGCCUUUUCUUAGCACAGCUACAGCAGCCGCCUCACUCCGAGGACACAGAGAGCUUCAUGAAAGAGGUGUGCAGGAAUAUGGGGGGGCAGGUUUGCUCUGGGAGGAGAAGAAGGUGGAUGCUCUGGUCAUUUUAGCUACAACCUUGGUACCCCUGAGCCCAGGCGUUAAAAAUACUGAGUUUUUUGGCCUCAGUGUUACAGCCCAAUUCUAGCAUGGGUGUCACCGGGGCCAGUGUGAGCUCUGUGGUGGGCAGAGGGGCUGCUGCGUGUGGAGGGACCCAGAGAAGCAGCAGAAGGUCCUGCCCCUGCUUCCCCCUGUGUCCCAUCGCUACUGGCUGCUGCUCCACUGCUCUGAUCAGCACACGACAGCAUGGCAGUCGUGGCACUUGCUUUUGUCCCCUGGUCAUUUCCACGUAGCCGCUUUACCUAGCAGUUUUCCUGUGACGGGAGAGAGACCGAUACUUCUGGGGUGCACUUAUCUCCUCCCCGGGAUGGCUUUGCCCACUGUGAUACCCCCAGGUCCAGGCGGUUGGGGCAGGGCAGGGUUUAUGCACAAGAGCCAAGUAAUAACUGAAAGGCCACGUGGGGGAGCGACACUCCUGCCUUCGCUCCCUACUCCUGCUAUGCAAAAAAAACCCCACCCAACCCAAAGAUGUGCAAUAUUUGCAAAAUGCUGCAAGAUAACAAAGAAAAAUCAGGGCAGCCAGUGAAGAGAGAGGACAGUUUCCAACGUGGGUGCAGGUCUCUAGGAGGGUCGGUCACUGAUGCUCAGCCCCUUCCCCCCCCUGCAGCUCGUCCCAGGAACCCCAGCACAUGAGGGGAUCACAAGCACCUGGUGUCU